GCCACGUCCUGCCUCUAAAACAAAAACACUGCCUUUUGAAAGCGUUUCUAACGCGCACAUCUGGAGCACAGUCGCUGCUCUCUUUCUGCCUGUUCUUUCUUUUCCUACAGAUUAUUUUAAAAUCCGUAUUUCUAUUCAACCCAGGAGGAGGUAAGAUGUCUUCCCCUGCGCAGGAGAGGAGCUCCGCCGCUCAGCUGCUCAGCGCGGUGCUGCUGCUCGUCUCGCUCUCCGGUUGUUCAAGCAUGGAUGUGGUCGUGCCCAGUUACAUAAAUGCACUGAAUGGAUCAACUGUCAAAAUCCCGUGCACGUUUACAUCCUGCUACAAGAUGGAUGUAAACUCCUUUAUCAUGAACUGGACCUACCAAGAAACACUCAACGACACAGAGGAAAUGUUUAUGACUUUCUAUAGGAGGAAAGGAAUGGUGGCUCUGAGGUCAGACCGGUUUGGAGAGAGGGUGAUGUUUGCUGGGAACCUGGAUAAGAACGAUCUGUCCAUUACACUGUCAGAUAUCCAGGUGGAGGAUGUGGGGAUUUACAACUGCUAUGUGAGGAAUCCCCCAGACCGCAUCCCGGGACAUGGUGCCAUACAACUUAAUGUUGUCACUGAACUUCCCCCACCAAGGGACUCCACCAUUGCAGUAGCUAUCGGGGCAUCGGUGGGCGGCGCUUUGGCUCUGCUGAUCCUCUCCAUGGUUGUGUUGAAAUGCCUCCGUCGACACCAGAAACAGGAACUGAUUUCGGAGGAGAAGAUGGAGGAGGAGGGUAAAUUGGAGGCGGAGGGUGUUGCAGAGGAGGGAACCAAACAACCAUAGCUGGGUCACCUGAUUGAACCCGCAGACUGUGGCGCCCUCAUCCCCAACACCCCCAAUGUCCAUCAUCCUGAAGAUCUAUAGUAACCACUGCUUGAGUCAUUGUCCACUGAUGCUUCCACACCCUCUGCAGGGCACCAGACUAACUUAUCUCUGCCUAACUUUUUCAUUUAAGUGCAUCGGAACCUCAUUUAGAUGCACCCAAAAUGCAUCACUGUGCCCCUUGGCACCGCAAUAAUACACCUAUUAUACUGUUUCUUGACAGUUCCCAUAUACAUUGGUAAUUUCUUAACUAGGGCUGUGAUUCGAUUUGAUUUGUUCAAAUAUGGAUUCAGUUCAGGAUAUUUCGUUGUACAAUACCAAUUUUGCCUAGAUAUGAAAUAAAUUCUCAGAGAAGUAAAGCUGUAAACUGAACAAGGAAACCUCUAACUUGCUGCAUUAUUGAAAAUAUUAAGGUUGGCCUGUCACAAUAACAAAUUUUGUUGCAUGAUAUUUCUGUCCCAGACAUUAUUAAUAUAAAUGACAUUAUUGCCAUCGUUUUUAAACCAUUUUAAACCACUUGUAUAAUGAUAAUAUUGUGGCGCAAUCA